AUGCUGGACUCACCUGAGAUCCAAAGUCAGAGCCUCAGAUCUUGCACUGGCAGCACAUGGGCACACAGCAGCUGGACUGGGAACAGCAGGGCUUGCAGCAGGUGGACUGGCAGCAGGAUGACCCACAGCCUGAGGAGCAGCAGCAGGGCUUACAGAAGCUGGACUGGCAGCAGGAUGACCCACAGCCUGAGGAGCAGCAGCAGGGCUUGCAGCAGCUGGACUGGCAGCAGGAUGACCCGCAGCCUGAGGAGGAGCAGCAGGGCUUGCAGCAGCUGGACUGGCAGCAGCCACAAGAUCCACAGCCCCCUUUGGAGCCCCCACAAGAACUACAACCCCCCUUGCUGCUCCCACAGGAGCCACAGCCCCCCUUGGAACCCUCACAGGAGCCACAGCUGGAGCAGGAACAGGCUGGCACACAGCAGCACACGGGCUUGCAGCAGCAGACAGGCACACAGCAGCCGGAGCCACAGCCCCCACAGCCAGAGCCACAGCCCCCACAGCCGGAGCCACAGCCUCCAGAGCAGCCACAGCAGCCCAUGGUUCUGGUGGGUUGAGGGUGGAGCAGGUAGAGGAGCAGGUGAGAGGGAGGUGCAGGUGUGGAGCUUCCUGAGCCCGGGCCCUUUAUAUGCCUGCCCAGGGUCAGGAGUGAUGCUGGACACACAGUCAUUUCCUGGUUCCUCGCAGCGCCGCCUCCUCCGGGCCCCUGCGGCCCAAGGCUGCGGGGAGCAGGGAGCGCGGCGGGAGCAGCGCAGCGGGCGGGACCGAGCCGCGAGCGGCGGAAGCGCAGAUGAGCAGUCCUUGAGCGCCCCCUGGAGGCCGCGAGCUCCGAGCCUGUGGCCGAGGGCGGGGAGGCGCCUGCUGGGCUCUGCAGAGGCUCGCAGCUGCGGCCGCUGCUUCCUGGGCCUCUGUCCCUCUGUGAAGGUCUCUGCUGCUCCCCCAGUCAUUCAGACAGCGUCUUCUGUCUGGGUCGGGGUCUGGCCACACUGUCCCUGA